AUGGCAGCCAACACUAACACCCCGUAUGCUCUCAAUACGAUCGACAUUCUAAUAACAGCUAUACUUCCUAUAUUCCUUCAGUACUUCCUAUUGGCAUCAGCGCUAGUGGUGUGCGUAUACGGGCGUGUGUUCACAUACCUCAGGCCGGUGGACCAGCGACCGGCAGCCAGCUUCUUGCAGGCCCAGCCAAGAAAUUUCUACGACGUCCAUCACCUACAAGAAGAUGAACACGUGGAUUACUAUGCGUAUCCGAAGUACGUGUUCAAGUACGGAGUCAACGACUUCCACACCGGCGAUAUCAAGACUCACCACGAGAGCAGGGACGGGGACGUAGUCAAAGGUCAGUACACUGUGGUAGAGCCGGACGGUUCUAUCCGCACGGUGGACUACACCGCCGACAAACAUAACGGAUUCAACGCCGUCGUCCACAAAACCGCACCCAUCUCGCAGCACGAGGCGUUCCAUUUGUAGAGUA